ACUGCACGCGCGCUCACGUAAAAUCAGACCCGUCUCUCCGCCGCCUGGUAUAUAGAAUAAGAAGGGACCGCACCACUCUCCUUGCUGCUGAUUUGAUGAAAUAAGACUACUCUGCUAUGGCAAGUCCUAAUACGGCAAAAUGCACCGUCUGCUCCAACCUGUUCCAAGACCCACGCAUGCUGAAAUGCCUGCACACCUUCUGCCUCCAGUGCAUCAAGAAGGAGUCGGAACGUCAAGGUGCAAAGGAGGAACUCAAGUGCCCCUUCAGGGCUUGUGGGGAAAAGGUAGCAAUUCCAAAGGGGGGGAUUGAAGCCCUGCCCCUUGACCAACGCAAGGCGCACGAGGCUGAAAAAUUCCGGUACGGUGAAAAGCUUCAGUCGGGCAAAGAACUGUGCGAUGUUUGCGUGCGCAAGGAAGGCCCGGCGGUUGCAUUCUGCGUGAACUGCUGCGAGUUUCUCUGUGGCCUGUGUGAAACGCAUCACCGCUCGGCACGGAAAACCCAAAAGCACGAGGUGGUAACCGUGUCCGAAGAGAAGAAGGAAAACGAAAGCUACGAUUUGGAUAAGGCGUUUUCCGACCCUCCUGUGCCGUGCACUAAACAUAAAGACGAAGUUUUAAAGUUUUACUGCGAGGCGUGCGAUGAAUUGAUUUGUCGUGACUGCAUGGAGCUGUCGCACAAUGAACACCGUAGCAAGUGCGACCGAAUCGAAGCAGUAGCCACUUGUGCAAUGGAAAGCCUGCAGAGCUGUGCCAAAGAUAGCCCAGGCGCAGUAGAUGCAGUUAAAGCUGCAAUUGCCCUGUGCAAAAAAGCGAUGGCUAAAAUUGAUUCGCGAAAGAACGAAGUCGAUGAAAUGAUUCAAAAAAGCCUGAACAACGUCCGUGAAGCACUCCUCACGCAAAACGAAGAAAUGUGGAUGGGGAAGACAGCGAAGCUCAAAAUGCAGGUAGAAGCGCUCAAAAAAGUGGGCGAUGAUCUAACGUAUGCGCUGAGUCUCAUUGAGAGUGCAAAAUUCUGCACCCCAGCCCAGCAGCUCUCCACUAAGCAGGUGGUAGCCGAGAGAGUAGAAGAGUUGAUGAAGCGCUACCAUUACAGCGAGCGCAUUCCCCUAGAAAGUGCCCAUUUUUUGACAAAGAUCGCAGAUGAAGACGUCAUCCAUCAGAUGAUAGACCUGGGUCAGAUAACUGGUGGGUCACACGCACAGUCUUGUACCUGCGAUGCUGGUUUUGUGCCGCGGGCAGUUGUCGGGAGAGAGCGCACCGUUAAGGUCACUGCUCGGGGUGCAAGUGGCCAACCUUUCUCUUAUGGCAAGGAAACGGUAACUGCUCAGCUUAGUCGCCUGGAAUCAAAUGAGCUUAGCAUGCAUUGUCAAACUACUGAUCACGGUGACGGUACGUAUUCACUAGCUUUCACGGCACAAUCAGCCGGAUUUUAUGAAUUUCAAGUGAAGAGUAGUGGCCAUGAAAUUCAAGGUAGCCCAUUAUACUUCACUGCACGAGAGCCUCAACCAACACCGUACGAUGCUCUUACAUCUAAAGUCGUCUUUGGUACCUACACAAAUGCCUGGGACGUAGCAUUCACGGAGAAUGGUACAAUGGCGGUUGCCGAGCGUGGGUACCACACAGUUAGUCUGUUUUCGGUCGACGGGACAAGACUGCACACUUUUGGCAAAUGUGGCAGUGGUGGGAGUGGGAAUGAUUAUUUCAAUUGCCCUUCCGGUAUAGCCAUUAUUGGUGAUGAGAUGUACGUUGCUGAAGAUGGCAACCACCGUGUUCAGAAAAUCAACAUAAGCGGUAGACAACACGUAGUGAAUUUUGGUUCCAAUGGAAAGGGUAAUGACCAGUUUACCAACCCCCGUGGCAUCUGCAUCCAUCCAGAAGGAAAGCUUUUCGUUGCUGACUUCAGCAAUAACCGAGUACAAGUGCUCAACCUUGAUGGUACCUUCGUCCACUCCAUUACUGGAGAUCCUCAGAAUGAAGAAAGCAAGUUUAAAAACCCCUGGGGACUGGCCUUUGACCCCCAAGGCUACCUACACAUUGCUGCUCAGGGUUCCAAGUGCAUAAAGGUUUACACCUCGGAAGGACAGUAUGUGAAGAGCUAUGGUGAAAAUGUCAUCAACAACCCAGCCGGAAUUGCCGUGGAUGAAGAAGGCUACGUUGCCAUAUCUAAUUCCAGUGAUCGCCUCUGGAUCUACAAUCCAGACCACACCCACAUCGUGAAUACCAUUCAAAAUCUCAGCGGUCCGGUUGGCAUAGCAUGCGAUAACAAAGGUGUUUUCUGGAUUGCUGAGUCUGGUAAUAGCCGUGUACUGACUUUACAGUGAAAGACUGCAGUACUUGCAAACUUAAUUAAAGCAGCAGUCGCAAUGGCAUACAUAAACAGUACCGUACGCUGUGAUUUGUAAUUAUACUUGACGUGCAGAAUCAAGCAACUUUACUGCAAACUUCAACCAGCGGUCGCAGCCAUACAUAAACAUUACUGUUUGUACAUUACACUUUACGCACUUUACGCACAGAAUCACAAGCAAUAAAAAUUUAUAUUAUACACAAAAUCACCAUCCACACACACAGAUUUGUAUAUAUAUUCAUGAUGAAGUUGUGGGAGUUUUACUAUCCUGUGCGGAGCCAGAACUGGCUGUCGUGUUAGUCUGUGAGAGUGCGCUGGAGAGCUGGCUAACAAUGGCAGGGUUAUUGAUAACAGCAGAGAGGAGGGACAUUGAUAUUGGCGUUGUGCUCGGCGAGAGGGCGGUUGGACUAGCCAACUGCGAGCUACUGGACACCGACACAAACCUCAGAGCCGCCGCAAGAGUCGGCGAAGAAAUGGCUGAAAUUGGUGACUGCGCUCUCGGAGUUGUCUUCCCCGAUAUUUUAAUAGCCGACACCUGAGGCGACGUAAGAGUAAGGGGAGCUGGUUUCGUCUUCAGCUGACCUACUGAGGUGACGGUAGGUGAUUUGAGGGUGGGGCUCUGGAGACGAGCGGCCACGCCCUGCAAGGGUAUUCCCGCCCGAGCGUGCUUCAGGUUCUUCACCUGGUUAUACAGCGGGAGCCCGAGACUCCCGUAUUGCUCCUGGUAUGCCUGUAGCAUGUCUAGAGACGGCUGCACGGACAGUAUAACAGGUGCAACGCAGCGCUGCAGCAGUUGAGUGAUUUUCGUCGCUGCUUGGUGUUCGGUUGAGCGACUGGGUGUUGCAGCAUCGACGUACUGCGAUUCUUUCUUCAGUUGCGGUAGAACGAGGCUGGUGAUGCAUUCUUGCCCCAGUUCAAUCAACCCAGCCAGUGCGCCGUAGUGAACUGCCAGUCCCUGCGUGUUGUUGUUCAGAGCCUGCAAGAGCACUCGUGUCACCCUCGACUGUAGACAGUUUGCGCUAUUGUUGUGUUUCUUGCACAUCUCGGCGAGGAUUUUGGCGGCCUGGUCGCGAAGGUACCAGUGAUCUUCUGACUCUGGUCUCGCACACACUUGCCUGUUGAUCAUACACGAGGUAAUUGCAGGGACCAACUCGUGCAGACAUCGAUCGAGGGACAGCGUAGGGUUGUCAAACAGAGCCUUAACCAUCUUUAGAAGAAACUUUAGGGUCUGGAGCUUUCUCUGCGACAUGCCCACUCGGAUUCCUUCGGUGAUGAAACUAGAGAACUGUGGCAGGAGUUGGUAGAGUCCAGGAUCACUGGAGAGACUAGCAAGGGACUCAAUCCUCUUUGUGUCUGAGAUACCGACACACGCAUCGGAUAUCUCCUUGUAGUAGAGCUGUUGCUCCAAAGAGAGGGCGUGGGCCUGGAGAGGCUUGAGUUUUGACCAUUCUGUUCCGCUAGACACUUCUUCUUUGGAGCUCUUUUUGCUCUUCUUGUCGAAUCGUACGUCCUUGGUGUGAAGCAGACCAUCACUCGGCUGGGCACGGUCGUUACCCAGAGCCUUUUUCUUCUGGUCUUCCAGAGUGGAGGGAGCUGGAUUUUCAGGUAUGGAUGGCUGAACACCGUCUACUGCGAGCCAGUGAGCACGUAGAGUGGCGUCCACUGGAAGAGCGGGCAUGGGGGCGCUAAUUAGAUCCGCUAGCUCGAAUUCCUUGUCGUCUGGGUAGAAAUACUCUUUGCUGCCGCCCGUGGUGUGUUUAAAGGGGCAGUGCUCGGCGGAAUCGAACCCAUAGAGAGGCUCAAUGUUCUUGGCUCUCAUCGCGCAGCCCAAGUCCGAGCACUUCAUUCGGUGACGCUUCGAGUGUCGCAUGAACUUGAGCCCGUCCUGCACGACUUCUUUCAGCCUGUACUCGACGUCUUCAGCUAUGGUUGUGGCCACGUCUUCGCUGAUACUGGAGACCCCCACGCUCUCUCCAAUCAUCUUAACGGACUCGUACGAGAGCAGAUGACGAACCGGACCCUCGUCUGUCUCCAUAUCGCUCGCCAUGAUC